AUGUGUAGUGACUUCCGUAGGGCGGAGUCUGGGACGGAGCUCCUUGCCCGGCUUGAAGGUAGACGGUCCUUGAAAGAAAUAGAACCCUGUCUGUUUGUCGAUGAAGAUGAACCUGUGCAUGGUGAUAUUCUUGAAUUUCAUGGUCCAGAAGGAACAGGAAAGACAGAAAUGCUUUAUCAUUUAACAGCACGGUGCAUUCUUCCACAAUCAGCAGGUGGACUGGAAAUAGAAGUCUUAUUUAUUGAUACAGAUUACCACUUCGAUCUGCUUCGGCUUGUUACAAUUCUUGAGCACAGGCUCUCCCAGAGCUCUGAAGAAAUGAUCAAAUUCUGCCUGGGCAGGCUGUUUCUGGUGUGCUGCUGCAGCAGCAGCCAGCUGCUACUCACGCUCUACUCGCUAGAAGCCAUGUUUUGCAGUCACCCCUCUCUCUGCCUUUUGAUUUUGGACAGCUUGUCCGCUUUCUACUGGAUAGACCGAGCCAAUGGCGGAGAAAGUGUUAACUUACAGGAGUCUACUCUGAAGAAGUGUUCUCAGCUCCUAGAGAAACUUGUCAAUGAGUAUCGCUUGGUUCUUUUUGCAACAACACAGAGUAUAAUGCAGAAAACCUCAACCUCCACCGAAGCUUCUUCCUCUGGCUUUAAGCGCCCGACCGAUGCAAGUGUGGACUACAGACCCUACCUCUGCAAGGCAUGGCAGCAGCUGGUCAAGCAGAGGCUGUUUUUCUCCAAAGAUGACUCUAAAGCCAGUCACCAAUUUUCUUUAGUUUCACGUAACUUAAAAAGCAACACUUUAAAAAAAUACGUUUUUAUUAUUAGAGAAAGUGGGGUAGAAUUUUGUUGA